AAGGAAGAAAAAGAAAAGGCUGCUAAUUUAUGUUAUCAAAGUAUGUCACAUUUUCGGUUCUUGCGCAAGCACUGAUGUAAGUCGGACUAAUAUAGAUACAUCCCCGCUGGCUGCUUGUUCAACUAGUAAGGAAAACAUUAGCAUAAGCAAAAUUGUACGCCAAAAUGAUGCAACCUUCCAUAGAGGAAGAAACUACAAUCCAACAAGCCAUGCAAUUGACAACAGCAAUUGCAUUACCUAUGGCACUGAAGGCUGCCAUAGAUUUCGGCCUCCUCGAGAUCAUGGAGAAAGCCGGACCGAGUGUCCGUCUUUCUCCUGAUGAGAUUGUUGCUCGUUUCCAUCCGUGUGUGAACAAUCCCCCUCGAGUAUCGCAGAUGAUCGAUCGCAUUCUGCGCCUCCUGAGCUCUUACUCUGUUGUAUCAUGCUCUGUAGCUGAUAAUGCUGAGUUUGAGCAUAAUGAUGGUCAAGUAGUACAAAGGCUAUACACUCUAGGUCCUCUGUCGCGUUACUUCCUUCAAAGUAAAGAUGGUCAAGGUUCUUUAGCACCUAUGUUCAAUAUGAUCCACGACAGCUUCAUGACCAAUGUUUGGUAUUACAUGAAAGAGGCAAUACUUGAAGGAGAAGUUCCAUUGAUCAAAGCAUACGGCAAGGAUCCUAUGGAAUCUAUCCACAACGAUAAGAGAUUUGCUCCAAUCUUCUUUGAUGCCAUGAGAGAGUUCAAUCCCUUGGUUAUUAGCAAAAUCCUCAAGGAGUACAAGGGAUUUGAAGGCCUGAAAUCGAUAGUCGACGUCGGAGGAGGAAAUGGCUCAAUACUUAAAGCAAUCAUAUCAAGGUACCCUUCUAUCGAAGGCACCAACUUUGACUUGCCACCCAUUAUUGAAAAACAACCCAUCUACCCUGGUAUUCAGCACGUCGCAGGUGACAUGUUCACAAGCAUUCCUGCAGGAGAUGCAAUUUUUAUGAAGUGGGUGCUGAAAAAUCUUAACGAUGAACAAUGCUUGAAUGUACUGAAGAACUGCUACAUGGCGUUACCAAAUGGUGGAAAACUAAUGAUUGUGGAACUUGUAAUACCGGAUAUCCCAGAUAGUAGCAUCAACAGCCAGAGUGUAUUUCAGUUUGAUGUAUACCUGACAAAUAUGAACGCAGGAGGAAAGGAAAGAACCGUCGUAGAGUUUCAAACACUUGCUAAGACAGCAGGCUUUUCAGGCAUCCAGGCUAUGGUUCGGGCAUACAAUAUGACUCUUCUGGAAUUUCACAAAAUUGUUACUACAGAUUACUAAAGACACUGCUGCAUUAGAUCUUUUAUUUAUUGCAGUUGGAAGAUUAUGCCCCGCCCCUUCCAUUACAACAUUAUGGAAAAUUAUUAAAUAUAGUGCUAUAUUUUUUGUUA